UCGCUGGUCCGGAGGUGGGGGCCGGGCUCCCGCUGGGCUCGUGCGUCCUGCGCCCGCCGCGGCGGUGCGAGCCCGCCGGCGCCGGUUUGUCCUCUGCGGCGGCGGCGGUCGCUGCCUCCUAGCCUCGGGCCCGGCUGCAGGGGCCGGAGCGAGCGCCUCCCGCGGACCGCGGCCGCCCAGAGCAGAAACAGCUCACAAGAUACAUAAAUCUUGUUAGACACGUGGCUGCAGGCCGUUUGACUGGAAUUCCCUGCGGCUUUCUGAGGGCGGCGUCCCAGCCUGUAUCCUGCACCAUGCCGGCUUUGUCAACGGGAUCUGGUAGUGACACAGGUCUGUAUGAGCUGUUGAGUGCUCUGCCAGCCCAGCUGCAGCCACAUGUAGAUAGCCAGGAAGACCUGACCUUCCUCUGGGAUAUGUUUGGUGAAAAAUGCUUGCAUUCACUGGUAAAGAUUCAUGAAAAGCUACACUACUAUGAGAAGCAAAGCCCUGUGCCCAUUCUCCACGGCGCGGCAGCCUUGGCCAAUGACCUGGCUGAAGAGCUUCAGAACAAGCCAUCAAGCAGCGAGAUCAGAGAGCUGUUGAAACUGCUGUCAAAACCCAAUGUGAAGGCUUUGCUCUCUGUACAUGAUACUGUGGCUCAGAAGAACUACGACCCCGUAUUGCCUCCUAUGCCUGAAGAUAUUGAUGACGAGGAAGACUCAGUAAAAAUAAUUCGUCUGGUAAAAAAUAGAGAACCAUUGGGCGCCACCAUCAAGAAGGACGAGCAGACCGGGGCGAUUGUUGUGGCCAGAAUCAUGAGAGGAGGCGCUGCAGACAGAAGUGGUCUUAUUCAUGUUGGUGAUGAACUUAGGGAAGUGAACGGGAUACCAGUUGAGGAUAAAAGGCCCGAGGAAAUAAUACAGAUUUUGGCUCAAUCUCAGGGAGCAAUUACAUUUAAGAUUAUCCCCAGCAUCAAAGAAGAGACCCCACCCACAGAAGGCAAGAUGUUUAUCAAAGCUCUCUUUGACUAUGAUCCCAAUGAAGAUAAGGCGAUUCCAUGUAAGGAAGCCGGGCUUUCUUUCAGAAAGGGAGAUAUUCUUCAGAUCAUGAGCCAAGAUGAUGCAACGUGGUGGCAGGCGAAGCCCGAAGGGGACGCCAGUCCCAGAGCGGGCUUGAUUCCCUCCAAGCAUUUCCAGGAAAGGAGAUUGGCUCUGAGACGACCAGAGAUACUGGUUCAGCCCCUGAAAGUUUCCAACAGGAAAUCAUCUGGUUUUAGAAGAAGUUUUCGUCUUAGUAGGAAAGAUAAGAAAACAAACAAAUCCAUGUAUGAAUGCAGGAAGAGUGACCAGUACGACACGGCAGACGUGCCCACGUACGAAGAGGUGACCCCGUAUCGGCGACAGAAUCAUGAGAAAUACAGACUUGUUGUCCUGGUUGGUCCUGUAGGAGUGGGGCUGAAUGAGCUGAAACGAAAGCUGCUGAUCAGUGACACUCAGCACUAUGGCGUGACCGUGCCCCACACUACCAGAGCAAGAAGAAGCCAGGAGAGCGAUGGAGUCGAAUAUGUUUUCAUCUCCAAGCAUUUGUUUGAGACAGACGUACAAAAUAACAAGUUCAUUGAAUACGGAGAAUAUAAAAACAACUACUAUGGCACGAGCAUAGAUUCAGUGCGCUCCGUCCUGGCUAAAAACAAAGUUUGUUUGUUGGAUGUCCAGCCUCACACAGUGAAGCAUUUAAGGACACUGGAGUUUAAGCCCUAUGUGAUAUUUAUAAAGCCUCCAUCGAUAGAGCGUUUGCGAGAGACAAGGAAAAACGCAAAGAUUGUAUCAAGCAGAGACGACCAGGCUGCCGCAAAGCCGUUCACGGAAGAAGACUUUCAAGAAAUGAUUAAAUCUGCACAAAUAAUGGAAAGUCAAUACGGUCAUCUUUUUGACAAAAUUAUCAUAAAUGAUGACCUCACCGUGGCGUUCAAUGAACUCAAAACAACUUUUGACAAAUUAGAGACAGAGACCCAUUGGGUGCCAGUGAGCUGGUUGCAUUCAUAACUAAGGGAAAUGUCCACAAUCACCUGUUUUUUUUAUAGAGUACAUGAUUAAAUCAGUCACCAGUUUGGUGGUAGGGUUUUUAAGUCUGUAUCACUGUCAUUGGUGUAUAAUCUUGGUGAAAAUUAAAUGCCGCUUUUGUUUGUAUCUUUUUAUAGCCUUAUUUCAAACACAAUAUGUGAGUGUAAGAUCCAAAAUCAAAAUUUGCACAGUACUGUAUUCUGAGCAAAGCUUUGAACCUUUUGGUUGUCUUUAAUGUAGCUCUGUCUCCAAGAUGAGACUGGAGUUUUUAAAGAGACGAAGGUAAAGGUCAUGCUUCCGCUGGCCUCAGACGUGCACACUGCUGCUGAGUUGCGUGUUAGCAGUUGAUGGUAGUAACUUAGCAACCUGGAGCAGCUCCGGACAGGACAGCUUUGCUGUUUCCGGGUGGAUCAUCGCAGAUUUAACUGGGCUGGCAGUGAGGAGUCCUCAUUCUGUUCAGAACGUGCAAACUUUUUCGUAUGUAUCCACAGUAUGUUCACAGUAGUACGCAUUUUAAAAAUCUUUCUUAAAGGAGUAAUUGAAAAUUUACCUUGAGUUCAUUUUCAUGUUAUGUAAUAGCUUGAGAAUUCCUUAUGAGUACAUGUCAGUGACUCAACAAAUAAUAAGGGAAAACAGACUUUUAAAAAUUAUUAUAUAUAACUCAAAACCUUUCCUUAUGGCAUUAAUCUUAGAAUGGUAGUGUCUUGGGGCUAGAAAUGAUUGCAAGGAACAUUUAUAUUUGUAAAUAUUCAAGACAUUUCUGGAGUUACCAAAAUGGUUUUUUUAAGCCAGCUUUGGAUUUUCCCAAUAAGUUACAGGAAUGUGAUUCCUAUUCUAAAAAAUGUAGACAUAUUUUAUAUUUUACUGAUACUGUUAAAGAAAAUGUGAUCAUUUUUUCAAAUAUGUGCAAUUCAUCACCGUAUCUUUAAAUUGUACUAAGAUGUGUUUAAGAAAACUUUUCAUGUAAUGUUAACUUAUUUUUUGAUCAUCAAAGUGAUUCUUUAACACUAUCCAAAUAUCAUCCAAACCUUGCCAUUGUUAAAGAAAGACUCUCAUAUUAUAAAUAUUUAGAUGGGAUCUCUCACUUUUCUUUGAUACUACUGAUCUCUAGCAAGUGAAUUACAUAGUUUAAAAUACUAGAAAUAUCUGUAAGUUCUGUAAGAGAACAUGCCUGCCAUUCUUGCAUGCAGUGAGACCCUGCCGGUUGAAAAUCAUUGCAUCUGUGACUUUCAAACAGGAAAAAAAAUGUUCUUUUUUGUUGAUUUGUAAAGAGAGUUUAGAUGUCAUGUUUAAAGAAAAAUAGAAUGUAGUGAAAUUUUAUAUAUUUGUGAAAUAUUUGAAAGGCAUAUUUUUUUAAAUAUCAAAUGAGGAUAUUGAUAAAAUAAAUUGUAUGUAAAGAUGUCAUAAUAUAAAAUAGUAGUUUUAUAAUCAGGUAAAACAUUCCAUGUAAAUAUCUGACCUUGACAGAAUAGAUCCACAGACGCGUUAUAUGCGCAUUGCACAUUUGAUAGCAUUAGUCACUGGAUUGCCUCGGGACAUGUCAAGUUACAUAUUAGACACAGAGACAAGAACUACUACAAUGGCCUUGAUACACAUUGACACCAAAGUAGUUAGAUAAUCAGACUAAAUGUUAUGCAGUAACAUAAUCCAAACAGUGAGUUCUAAGUUUAUUGAUUAAAUAGCAAACAAUUUUGUUUAAAAAAAAAGGGAGGAGGGGGAGGAUUACCAGAUUUGACACUAAAGCCAUACUUGGUUGUGUGGCAGGUCUAACAGAAGCAUAAGUCUUAAUAAGUAGAUGGCUUGGGUGGAAUAUUCCCUUGUUUGAACAUUGACUAAAAUUUCCUAUAAAUCAAGACUUCUUGGACAAAGAAUGAUGGGAAAUGUGUAAUUUAGGCAAUCAUCUGAACAAUUUGGAGAGUUCAAAUUCUUUACCCUGAAGCACCCACAUUGAUUUUUUUUUCAUUUGAAGAUCAUUUCUUCACUUCCUUACUUUGGGGACAGAGUGUAGGGUAGGGAAAACAGAGUCCUUUUUGGUGGCAGUAGGAAUAGGGUUGGUAUAAAAAUGUAACUGUCCAGAUCUUCUCCUUUAUUAGACCAGAGCUAGAACAAUUUUUUUUUUAAAGAGACAGGGUUUGGCUCUAUCCCCAGGCUGAGUGCAGCGGUGCGGUCAUAGCUCCUGCAGCCUCCAACUUCCGGGCUCAAGCGACCCUCCUGCCUCAGCCUCCGAGAGGGCAGCUGAGACUGCAGGUGUGAGCCACCAUGCUCAACUCUAGAACAAUAUUUUUAAAAUAACAAAAAGAAAGGGGCACUUUGGCAACUUCAGGAAUCAGGUAGUAUACAUAGUCUUAAAAGUGGUGUUUAUGUGGCCAUCUUGAUGCUUAGAGAUUUGAUGAAGAUUUAACAGAGUAGGGCCAACUGCAAGGGCUCACUGACAACUGUCACAAAAGGCCGGUGACGCUGUACUGUCUUCACCCCCAAGCGAAGGGGGAAUAGCACUGUGUUCACCACCUUCGGCAGCUGCUCCCGGGAUAACGGGGUUCAGCCCUAUUGAGAGAAGAGGGAUGUUUACUUUUUUUAAGUUCGUGUAUUUAAUACCCAAGACGGAGAAGGGAAUUCUGUACUGCCAUAAUUGGCAAAUUAGAGUUGGUUAAAAAUAAAAAGGUGGAAGUGAACUAUAAUUUUUUACCAUAAUUUUAUCAUCCAAUAUAGAAGUUUUUGGUAUCUUUAAGGCUGCCUGCUAUUGUAUAAUGAUCAAAUGUAUCUAAAUUUUUAUAUUUUAACAUUGACAGACAUGUAAACUUCUCAUGGACUUACAAAACUAUAUUGUUAUAAUCUUCCUGAAGAUACAGAUUUUUAUUAUUUAUUUUCUCUUUGACUAGUAAAGAUUUAUAAGUAAAUGUAACGGAAAACCUUUGAUCUCAAUAAAGUUAUCUUCAAAUGA